UCAUUGUGUGAUGAAUCUGUGAAAAUCGAUUUAAAAAUAAAUAUUUGUCACUCUUGUCCAUACCACUGAUAUUACAAUAUCACAAUCGGUCGUUUCUUAAACCAGCUACCAUUUCGGGUUAAAAAAAAUAAAUAAAAAAUCCAGAAUGAAAUAAAAUAUAGUAUUUCUUGCACUGUGAGCUAAACCUGUCUCGCAAAGUGGGCAAACGGAGAAAACAGACAAGCAAUCCUGCGUCUCCGUCAACUCCACAUCACAGGUCCUCGCGAUCUCUUUGAGAAAGUCUGAUUAUUAUUUCCGGACAGACUGGAAAUUCUGGGCAGGCAGAGCGAUCAUGUCCUCGGUACUCGGCUGUUGUUUGAGAUGGUGCGGAGACGGAGGAUCAGGGCAUGUUCCUCUGAAAGAAAUGCCCACAGUCCAGCUAGACACACACCACAUGGGAACAGAUGUUGUUAUUGUCAAAAGUGGCAGAAGAAUAUGUGGCACGGGUGGCUGCUUAGCAAAUGCUCCUUUACAUCAGAAUAAGAGCUAUUUUGAAUUCAAAAUCCAGUCCUCAGGCGUGUGGGGGAUUGGAGUCGCUACGCAGAAGGUUAACCUGAACCAGAUCCCUUUUGGACGGGAUGUUCACAGCUUAGUCCUGAGACACGAUGGAUCUGUCUGUCACAACAACGAGGAGAAAAACAGGCUCCCUGCAAACAGCAUCCCUCAGGAAGGAGAUAUAGUGGGUAUCACAUAUGACCACGUAGAACUCAAUAUGUUUUUGAAUGGAAAGAAUAUGCAUUGUCCAGCAUCAGGAAUCAGAGGAACAGUGUUCCCUGUCGUAUAUGUGGAUGACAGUGCAAUUUUGGAUUGCCAGUUCAGUGAAUUUUACUACACACCUCCUCAAGGAUUUGAGAAGAUUUUAUUUGAACAGCAAAUCUUCUAAGCAACGCUACCCACACUACAGCUUGCACCCUGCACUGUUUUAAAGUGUUUUCUUCUGUUUCUACAAAGCUUUGUGUCAGUUGUAUGAAGUACAGUAUGUUGAGUAUUUUCCUGUGACUGUCCUAAUUACCAGCAUUGUACCCAGCUCUAAACCAUCUGGAAGAAGUUAGGCUGAAACUGCAGUUUAAAUCGUUUCAUCCUCUAAGCCGUGUGGUUUGUUUCAUACAAUAUUCGGAAUGGUUGUGUUUCCCUUUUAAUCAUGGGGUUUGGCAUCAUUUGUUCCCUUUUGUUAAUCAACCACUGCCUAACAGAAGCUAAUUUAGCAGAUUUUCAUUGUCAUUAGUAAUUAUUAAGGACAAGCUUAUGCAGCUUGCGAACAAAGUAACACAUUCAGUAUCAGUUUUGUAACCAUGGUACUAACUUGGAAUUCAUGCCCACAACAUAAUUACCAUCUUUAUUAAUGCCCAAAUUGGUUUAUUUAUCCUCGUGAUGAGAUUUCAUAUAUUUAAUUUAAAAUGGAAAUGUUUAAUAAAACACAAGAUGCUACCAGUAUCAGUCACAGCUGUACAUAAAACACUGCUUGAUCUUCUAUAUAGUACAGACAUGGACCUCUAUGCAAAUGACUGAUUCAAUUGAAAAUGUUACUGGUUAUAUAAAUUUGAAACAAAAUAAUCAAAUAUAUUAUGAGAAGUAUAUAAAUCAAUAUUAUUUAUAAAAUAAUGUUGUCUACUUCAUCCUAUUUAACACUAAUACUGAUAACUAAACUGAAAAAAUAUAUAUUUUACUGUUAAAUUCUUUUGGAUGUUUUAGGGAUGCCCUGUUUCUUGUAAGUUGUCAACAAUUGAUAGUUUAAAGUAUUACUGUGUUUUGUUUUAUUUUUGAAUCACAUCAGCACUCGUCUACACAUGGUAACUUAUUAAAUAUGAGAACAUUGUUUGGUAUAUAUCUCAGGUGUUAAUGUGUUGAUUUAGCACUGAUGAAAUGUGAGUGUUCUGUAUUAAAAGAAAAAAGAACCAAA